GAUGCAAAGUGCGAUGUCCAGCUUUCUGGCUUGCAGAGAGCGCGCGAAACAAUGUGUGGAAGGCAAGACUGAAGUCUUUAUACAACGCUACAACGUUUCAAAGGAGAGAGUUUAUUUCUUCACACUAAUGAAGAUUUCACGAUAGUGGAUACCUUAGUGCAACUGGAUGUUCUUCUAACAGCGCAGUGACAGAGAGAGUGAAAAGAAGAAAUGCUAGAGCCUGCAAGCUGAAAGGGUGAAGUCUGCAGAAACAAACAGGAGAUAAAGUUGGAAGUAAAAGACAGAAUCUAUACCCUUCCAGGAUGUCAUUCAUCACUAUUCCAGGAUGUCAUUCAUUUAUCAGUGUUAUUGUUCAGGCACCAGGCAUUUGUGGACCAACGUCUAUGUUGCCUCUCAGUUCAGGACAGAUGUGUUUGCCUACUUUCAUUUGUUCCUUUUGUAAAAAUCUAUUUCUCUCCAUUUUCCAAGUGGACAGUUUUGAGUAUAAGCACAUACAUUUUAGUUUCCUCUUUUGCUAUGCCUUGAUGCUGUCUUUUCUAGGUAUUUGAAACAUUUUCCCUAGAGCAGAAGCCUAUUUAUUUCAGUGAGAAAAAAUCUGCAGAUGUACUAAGAAUAUGUAUUUAACAGUACAAUUUGAUAUGUGGAUUAAGCUUUAUUCAUACCCUCUCUAACUCCUGCAUGUUCAUUUUAGGUCUUAUUUAACUCUCUAGACCACAUAAAGGGGUCUCUUCUGAAGUGCAGCAAAAAGCAUUUUUAAAUCUGUGGAGUUAUUGAUUCCAUCCUGCAUGGUACAUUUUUCUGUCAGCUUGCCCUAUUUGUGGUACCUCUGGCCUCGUUUUCACAGGUGUCUGUCAGAUGUUUUAAAGAAUAUAUGUUCUGCCCAGCAGCCCACCUGGAUUUGAUGAUCAAAUCCUAAAAAUGAGAAAUAUGAUUGAUUCCAAUGUCAGAAGACAUUGGAGACAGAAGGCUGUGCUGCUUAAACCAUUGGUAGAGGUCAAUAUUCAUCACAAGAUCAUUAAUCCAGCAUUUUUGUACAUGUAUUCUUAGAACAGGUUUGCUAAGUCUGAUUGUCCUUCUUUAAGACUGGUACCUUUUCAAAAAAGACAACAGUCUUACACAUUGCAUUUUGAAUCUCCUAAAAUAUUUAGCUGCUGGAUUAUUUGAUUUAUACUAAUUUAUACUUCCCUCGAUUUAUACUAAUAUAUGUUUUAACCUUCUUAAACUGGAUUCUUUAAAAAACUUCUUUAUCCUACCCAGAGUGGACAUAUUUAUCUCUGUUUAAACCCUUCUGAUGUGAAUGUUUGGAGCUACUCAAAAGACAUGUGCUCUUGCAGACCAACUGACCCAGGAGAACUGUGGCAACACUCUGGGAUGGCGCUCUGAUCAAUCCAAAUGGAAGUACUGUGCAGAUUCAAUCACAGGGCCCUUUGUGAUUUUGUGAUUUUUAAAAUAAUGAUAGGCAGUCUGACUGUCCAUUGCAAUGCAGUGUAAUUUAUGUUGAAUGCAACCAUCAAGUUUUAAGAAAUUUCCAUUUACCAGUGAGUAAUAACGCUUUUGGUAUCACUAUCAGGAUAAUGUUUAUGCAUCACAGAUAGCUUUGAAAUAUUACCUUGUCUGAAUAGGUUUUUUAUUCGAUUUAUUGUGUUUUUUCUUGUUUGUUUAAACAUCUUUCAGAGGAAGAUAAAGAGUUCUCUGAGGGAACAUUUGGUCCGUAUAAGCAUGCUGUUGUUCUUUCUUCUCAUGCUGUCAUGUGACUCUUUGCUAUACAUGGUAACUUUUCUGUGUUUGCUGUAAAGUCAGACUGAUUUCUCAGGACAUCCUGGGUGUUAUCAUUGAUUUAUUUUCCAAUUGCACUAUUUGUGUUCUUUCAGAGAAGCAGCUAUCACUGUAUUCUCUCUAUGUCCUGCCUAAGCCAAGCCUUGUCUGUCUUUGUACCUGCACAUUUCUGGUACUUUACCCAGUCUACUGAGUUCAUAUCUAUGCUUUCCACAUGAUUUUGCUCCUAGGAUCCUUUGACAUGGUAGUGAUUUACACUAAACACCGAGCAAAUUGAUUUUUAAAAUUUACAACUCUGUAAAAGCCUUCAGUCCAACCUUUACUGGAUUUUGUUUUUUGGUGUUGAUGUUUGUAAUUUUUUUGUUAGUGAUGCUCAGGUCUGUUAAGGAUAAUUUUAAACCAGAUUUUCCUGGUUUUGGAACCAGAUACCACUGGUCUCUCAGGAGUAGUGGUCUCUUUGAGGACAUUAUACAAGACUUUUGCAAAUUAUUUUUUUCAGAAACAAAAACCCCAGUGUGAAUAGUAAAAAUAGUACUAAAUACUAAAAUAGUAUUUUGGUUAUUUGUUUUUAUAAUUUUAAAUCUUGAUUUAUUUGGUUAAUUUUUGUACACUCUUUGUUGUGGUGGUGUGAGGAAUUAACUCAAAAAAGUUAAUAGUUUGAUAACCACUAUAUAAGCUUCACCUCACAUAUUUCAGUGUGCAUUUAGUUGCCAUCUGAAUCUCUCAUCACUUGCACAUUUUAGACCUACCGUUGUUCUACUCUGUUGUGUGCACUGACACACAUGUGAGACACACAUGCUCACAGACUUAUCAUGGGAGCCACGCGUGUCAAGCGACGCUUCAGUCCUGUGGUGGACAGUCCUCUCGAUGAGGAGGAAGUCAUGAGGCUGGCUCAGAGUGAUGAUGUCACUGGGGCAGGUCUCCCCUCUCCCACCCACAAUGGCAAACUGCUCAACCUGCACCAUGGCAACGGAGGAGGACAAGGGUGGGGUUGUGAAGGGGGUAAGGAUGAUGACUGCUAUGAAGCUAAAGUGAUGGAAGGAAAGAGGAGUGGAGUAGAUGGAGGAGGAGGAGGUCAUGGGCUGGCACUUGGGCACAUGGGCAGGAGAGAAGGGGGUUGGGAGCAACCAUCGUCUACUUCCCCUUCCCCCUCGCUCCCCUUGGUUGGCCGAGGCCGCGGCCAGCCCCGCAGCCGCUUUGUAAGCAAGGAUGGCCGUUGCAAUGUCACCUUUGUUAACAUAGGCGAGAAGGGCCAGCGCUACCUCAUCGACCUCUUCACUACCUGCGUGGACAUCCGCUGGCGGUGGAUGCUGGUGGUCUUCACCCUCUCCUUCUUGCUCUCCUGGCUGUUUUUUGGCUUUGCCUUCUGGCUCAUAGCCAUGGCGCAUGGGGAUCUGACUCAACCAUCAUCAUCCUCCAUGACCUCCUCCCACCAUUUGGCCACUACUCCAUCUCCAGCUUUGCUGGACCCAGCAGGGGAGCAUUCCGGGAUGCUGGCAGGAACUGAGGAGCACUGCUUUGAGCAGGUGAAUAGCUUCCUGGCGGCCUUCCUCUUGUCACUGGAGACUCAGACUUCUAUAGGCUAUGGUUUCCGGAGCGUGACUGAGGCCUGCCCCCUGGCAGUGUUUGCCGUCGUCUUGCAGUGCAUUGUGGGCUGCAUCAUUGAUGCUUUCAUCAUUGGGGCAGUCAUGGCUAAGAUUGCUAAGCCCAAGAAGCGUAACAAGACUCUGGUGUUCUCGGAGGUGGCCGUAGUGGCCAUGAGGGACGGGAGGCUCUGCAUGAUGUGGCGUGUGGGAAACCUGCGCAAAAGCCAGCUGGUGGAGGCCCAUGUCCGAGCACAGCUCCUGAAGCCAAGGCUGACCCCAGAAGGGGAAUUCUUACCUUUGGAACAAGUGGACAUCAAUGUGGGCUUUGACACAGGAACUGACCGCAUCUUUCUGGUGUCUCCGGUGACCAUUGUGCACAAGAUUGAUGAGGAGAGCCCGUUCUUUGAGAUGGAUCGGCAGACACUGGAGUCAGAUGAGGAGCUAGAGGUGGUGGUCGUUUUGGAAGGCAUGGUUGAAGCAACUGCCAUGACCACACAGUGCCGCUCUUCAUACCUGGCCUCGGAGAUCCGCUGGGGUCACCGCUUUGAACCUGUACUUUUUGAGAAGAAAAACUCCUAUCAGGUGGACUACUCGUACUUCAACAGGACGUAUGAGGUCCCUGACACGCCAUCCAGCAGCGCCAGAGAACUGUCUGAGAAGAAGUACAUCCUGGACUCCGAUUCUUCUUUCUGCUAUGAGAAUGAAGUGGCUCUGGAGUGUUCCUCCUCCACUCCCAUCUCCCCAAGCAGAGUCUCUCCAUCUCCCUCUAACUCUCCAUCACCCACUCUCCCCACACCUCUGGCCCAUCGGAGCUCCCGCAGUGAGCACCCACACAUGCACUGAACCCCCAGAGAGUGCCAGGGGCAAAUGACAUUGGCCAUGGGGGACAUGCAGGGUCAGAGAGAGGGAGAAAGUAAGAGGGAAGUAAGAGGGAAGCAGAGACAUGGUGUAUGAGAGACAGAGAGAAAAGGACACGGGGGAGAACAUAGCUGGUGGUUUGGUGAAGACAGAGAGACUGCUUGGGACAAUAGACAAGAGGACUGAUUAAUGACAGAGGGUUACAUUCAGGAGAACAGAAGAAUGGAAAAUUGGUAAAAUAAAAAAAGAGAGUAGGGCCCUUUCCUUGAGUGUGACUGAGGGCAAGUGAGAGAAAAGAAAAUAUAAGCGUGACCUGUGCAGACCACAAAAGGUCAGUGAUGAAUCAGAGAAAGCAGAACAGCUAAGAAUAAGCACAGGAUUUAAGGAAGCACAGAUCUCUCUUCCUGGUCAGGGCUGGGUUAUUGACAAAAGGAAAAUGUCCAGACCAAACACGAGUGCAUGUGCAUGAGUAAGAAAGAUUAUUCUACUAUACCUAAUGAGAUUGGGAUCAGCAAAAACAGGUCAAAAGAUUAAGUGACUGAAAAACUGAAUUAUACAAAGUUUGGGGAGAAACUGUAAAGGGAGAUGGAGGGACUGGAGGGCUGUGUGAGGAUGAGGAGGAACUGGGAGGUUUGUGUGAGGGUGAGGAGG